UUACCUCUCCUUAAUUUCUACUUGAACACAAUAAUUCUCUCUAAUUCCCUUCGUUUCAAAUGAUCAUCUUCUGUUUUUCUCAUGUUUUCAUAUUUGCUGAUUGAGUCUAAGUACCUCUUGUACUCGUUUUAUUUUAAAUAUUUGUUCGCUUAUUGUUGAAUUAUUUUUAUUUUAUCAAAUCUCCAAAAACCCUUUUUUUAUUGAUUAUUAUUAUAUCUUCUUCCUCAUCUCUUAUAUAUACUAAUUAAAGUAUCAAAUCAAUAAAGACACACAUCAUCAUCUAUCUAGCUAGAUCCAUCAAAAUUAGAAUCUAGCACCUUCAUAUUUUUUAUAUAUAAAAUUGUUUUUGGUCAUGGAAAAUAACCAAAAUAAUAAUAGUAGUAGUACUAGUGCAUUCACAAGCACUUGGAAUCUUGAGAAAAUGGAAACAAAUGAACAAAACCGUAUUAUUCUCCAACAAGAUCAUCAUCAAAUUCCUAUGAGUUCUUCUUUGAUUUGGCCACAAAAUAACUACAACAACAUGAUGAUACCACCACCACCACCACCGUUGCCUCCGCCAUCUUCAUCGGGUUCUCUAAGUGACAUAUUAGGGAUCCACCAAAUUGAUCAAGAUGUUGAAGAACAAGAAGAAGAGUUAGGAGCUAUGAAGGAAAUGAUGUACAAGAUUGCAGCUAUGCAACCGGUGGAUAUCGAUCCUGCAACUAUUCGAAAACCAAAGCGAAGAAACGUUCGAAUCAGCGACGAUCCACAAAGUGUUGCAGCUAGACAUAGAAGAGAAAGAAUUAGUGAGAAGAUUCGUAUCCUUCAAAGACUUGUUCCUGGUGGAACUAAAAUGGAUACAGCUUCUAUGCUUGAUGAAGCCAUUCGUUAUGUUAAGUUCUUAAAGAGACAAAUUAGGUUGCUUCAAUCCACUCCUCAAAAUCAUCAUCAUCAACAAAAUCAAUUACCAUUUUCAUCACAAUGCAUUAACUCUACUCCUCCAAGUGCUUUGUUAUUGUCCCCUUCUUCCGGUUGUGACGCUUGGCCUUUUGCACCAAAUUUACUACUCACUUCUGCGACAACCGCAACGGCCGACUUGCCCGCCGGAGUUCAAUUUGAUGCCGGAGGACAUUCACAUUCACAUGCUUGUGAUGGCUCAUCAAGCUUUAACCAUCAUGAGGUAAUUAGUGAGUAAUUAAUUAGUUAGGUUAAAUUAUGCUAUACUUAAAUAUUUUUAAUUAUGUUUGUAUAAAAAGACGGUAAGUAAAGUUCGAUAAGGGUUUCUGUACGUAAUUUUAAUUAGUCAUCGCAAGAGAAAAAAUAUUAUUUUCAAAAUUUGAACUCGUGAUCUUUGUAAGUCACAAGACAACAAACUUACUGUUGUGCUAAGGUUUGACGGCCAUGAUCAAAUUUAUGUAUGUAUAUGGAAUAUUAUAUAUUGGAGAACUAUUUUU